GUCGAGGGAGGUGAAGUGGUGGCUCAGGAGUCCAGCGCUCCCUCAGGCCGUGGAUGUGAUGCUGGCUGCUGUGGGUCGGGCGGCUGGGCCAGCGGGGAUGUGACGGGCGGCCCUUCGCCUCACCUGCCGUCCUUUGGCCUGUAGGUCGGUGGGCGACCCGCAGCCGGGCCGCGGCUGAGGAGGCAGCACGACCUCCGCACGGUAAAGACUUGGAUAGUGAAGUCAAGACUUUGUAUCUGCCCUGAUAUAACAUGGAUUUUGUCAAAUUUUAAGAACAAAUGCACCAUAUAGCUCAUGGAAGAAAAAACACAAAUCAAGACUUUUUUGGGUUCCAAGUUGCCAAAGUAUGGAACAAAACCUGUAAGAAGUACACUGCAGCCAAUGCCAAAUGGAAAACCUGUUAAUUUAUUGGGAACUUCCAAGAGUAGCAAUGCCAAAAGUUACAUCAAAAAUAAUGGCUCUGAUUGUUCAUUGUCCCAUUCAUUUAACUGGAGAACGGCAAAUAAAUACCAAUUUAGUGCACAAAUUCCUGAAGAGCCUAACGGUACUCAGAGUUCACAAGAUAAAGAAAUUGAUCCUGAAAAACAUGCACCUGCUCAAGGAAUGUUUGAUAAAAAUGGGAUGAAGGGAGGUUUGAAAAGUAUUUCUUUACUCACAUCAAAGUUAGCAAAGCCAUCUACUAUGUUUGUGUCAUCUGCAGAAGAGUUAAACCAAAAGUCUUUGUCUGGACCGUCUAAUUUGGGUAAAUUCACCAAAGGCACAUUAUUAGGAAGGACUUCAUAUACUUCAGUCAGUGCUCCAAAAUCACAGUUGAAUGGAUUUUAUGGAAACCGAUCAGCUGGUAGCAUACAAAGGCCUAGAGCAAACUCCUGUGCCACCAGAAGCAGUUCUGGAGAAAGCUUAGCACAAUCCCUAGAUAAUAUUAAAUCUCUUGCUUGUGAAAAAAUGGUUAGGUCACAGAGUUUUUCACAUUCCAUUCAGAAUUCAUUCCUUCCACCUUCAUCUAUAACCAGAUCACAUUCCUUCAAUAGAGCUGCAGAUCUGACAAAGCCUUAUCAGAAUCAACAGCUACCCAUUAGAGUGCCUCUAAGGUCGAGUAUGCUAACAAGAGAUUCUCGGCAGUCGGAAGUACUCAAUGGGAAUGAACAUUUAAGGUAUGGAUUUAAUAGGCCUUAUGCUGCUGGUGGAAAGAAGUUGGCUUUACCAAAUGGCCCGGGUGUAACUUCCACUUUGGGUUAUAGGAUGGUUCAUCCCUCUCUACUGAAAUCUGGCCGACCUCCAUUUUCUGGGACUAUCACAGUUGAUGGUAAUAAAAAUUCACUGGCUGACACAUGUAUAGAGGAAGACGCUGCACUUGUGGCUAAGGACAGAGCUAAGGAUAAGGACCAAGAACUAAUUGAAAAUGAUAGUUAUAGAACAGAAAAUGACCAGACCGUGAAGCAUGAUGCUAAAAUUAGAUACCUGAGUGAUGAUGUGGAUGACAUUUCAUUGUCUUCUCUGUCAUCUUCUGAUAAGAAUGAUUUAAGUGAAGACUUCAGCGAUGAUUUUAUAGAUAUAGAAGAUUCCAACAGAACUAGAGUGACUCCAGAGGAAAUUUCUCUCAAAGAAGAAAAGUGUGAAAAUGUACCACCAAAGGAUAUAUUUGAUUCCCCCAAGGAAAAUGAAAAAUCCUUCAGUAAAACUGAUGAGUGGAUAGAUAUAAGUGUCUCUGACAGGAGUGAAUGUUCAAAACAUGCUUCUGGAAACAACUUGAUUUCACCAGAUACAGAUUACAGAGCUGGUUCUUCAUUUGAACUCUCUCCAUCUGAUAGCUCUGAUGGAACGUACAUGUGGGAUGAAGAGGGCUUGGAGCCCAUUGGAAAUGUCCACCCAGUUGGGAGCUAUGAGUCCUCUGAGAUGAACAGCAUAGAUAUUCUGAAUAAUCUUGAAUCAUGUGACCUUGAGGAUGAUGACCUUAUGCUUGAUGUGGAUCUGCCUGAGGAUGCACCUCUUGAGAAUGUGGAGUGUGACAAUAUGAACCGCUUUGACCGAUCAGACAGAAAUGUUCGGCAGUCUCAAGAAGGAUUUUGGAAAAGGCCACCCCAGAGGUGGAGUGGACAGGAACAUUACCACCUCAGCCAUCCUGACCACUAUCAUCACUAUGGAAAAACUGACUUGAGCAGAGGCUCUCCCUAUAGAGAAUCUCCUUUGGGUCAUUUUGAAAGCUAUGGAGGGACCCCCUUUUUCCAGGCUCAGAAGAUGUUUGUAGAUGUACCAGAAAAUACAGUGAUACUGGAUGAGAUGACCCUCCGGCACAUGGUUCAAGAUUGCACCGCUGUAAAAACUCAGUUACUCAAACUGAAACGGCUGCUGCAUCAGCAUGAUGGAAGUGGUUCAUUGCAUGAUGUUCAACUCUCCUUGCCAUCUAGUCCAGAACCAGAAGAUGGUGAUCAGAUAUACAAGAAUGAAGAUUUAUUAAAUGAAAUAAAACAACUUAAAGAUGAAAUAAAGAAAAAAGAUGAAAAAAUCCAACUAUUAGAACAUCAGCUUGCAACUCGGUGUAACUGCAAUCAAAAAUCUAAAGAGGAAAAAUGCACAUAUGCUGAUAAAUAUACCCAGACACCCUGGAGAAGAAUUCCUCCUCAAGUACUACAGCCUUCCAGCAGCCUUCCCAGACCCACAGACCACGCCCAGGGAAAACUAGCAAAGCCACAACAUACCGAGGCCCACAGUGAGUGCAUAAUCCAGGGCAUACAUCAGGCUGUUGCACCUCUGGAUGAAAGCUUUACACACGGCUUGCAGCAAGAAAGCAGCAGUGGUCUGGAAGACCGGCCUUUUUCAUCAAGCCCACAAUUCACUAAGGAUGUGGUGAAGAGUACACCUUCUGAAGCAGACUUGAACAUGACCAUGAAUGCUCAAGAGCCUUAUCAUUUGGCAAAUAAUCAAAUUAGUGACAGGCAGUUUGUAACCACUUCUCUUCAGACACUUCCCCAGUCAAUUAUAGUAGACCAGGCUAAGAGAGUUGGAAGAAAUCAGUCUUCACCAGAGGGCUGCACAUCUCAGCCCAAGUCCUUGAAGCUUUUUAAGCCAUCCAUCUUGAAUUCUGUGGUACCUCCUCCAGUUCCUGAAACAUGUCCAAGUGGGAAUCCCACUUGUAAGAAGUCACCAAUAAUCACACCAUGUAAUUCUGCAAAACUCCAGGCAGUGUCAAGUCAAACAAAUCUUGCAAAUAAUCCAAAUCCAAAAGCAUCUAAGCUCCGCCCCCCUGCUGGCUCUUUCAAACAAAAACAAAUAAGCAACCCCCGACUAGAGCCUCAAAACUUUCAGGCCAAGACAAGCAUCCCAAGGCCACUAACAAGAAGAAAAGAAAUCAUGCAGAAUCCUAAUGACAAUUUGAAUUCUGGGGAUUGUUUGGCCUUUAAUCAAUAUUCUCGUCUUCCUAAACCAAAGAUACAUUAAGCAUAGCCAUCACCUGCCAAUUUGUUUUUUAAAAAAACAGUCUGUAAUAGCUUUAUGUGCAGUUUGCUACUGUGAUGGAGGUUCCAUUGAAAGCUUGCAAAUCUAAAAAUUAAAAUGUGGAAGCUUCUACUAGUUUGGCUCUUCCAUUUUAUAUCCUGGUUGAAGUACAUAGUAUUUGAGCAUAUUUGUCUCAGGUAAACACAAAAGUUUGCUUACCCAUUCAGAGGUCUACAGAAGGCUCUAAUCAUGUUAUCCAUCCCUCUGCACAUCAGAAAAUUCAUAAUAUUCCACUUAGCAGGCAACAGAUGUGCUUUGCUGAUUUAGUCCUUUUAAGGUCUGUAUUAAUUGUGGUUGUCAUAGCCUCACCCUUUUUCACUCAUCCCUUCUGUGAAUAUGGUUACUAUUUUAACUAAAGAUUUGGUGAUAAUGGAAGAUGGUAGUCUGUAUGUAGAGUUCUGGCCAGUGAUUUGUAUAUUUAAAAGGUCUAUGCAAAAGCUCUGUGAUGAAUACAGGAGAUCAGGCUUUUAUUGGGAAGUUUAUGUAAGUUUUAUUUUUCUUUGCUGUAGUCUCAAUAUUUAUUUACCAGACAAAUUCCCCUGGCUAAAAAUGUUUCAUAUUAUAUAUAUAAACCAAUUAUGUGUUGCUUUAACGUCUCGUUUUACACACACACACACACACACACACACACACACACACACACACACAGCAUUUGUGUUUGUUUUUGUUACUGAAUAAAUUUUGGAAAGCUCAAGUGAGGAUACAUCUUGAAACCCGAUGUAAAGAUGUAUCAAUUUGUAACAUAUGUUGGUGCUAGAGUUUUGCUGGUAAUUCCAUUUUGAACCCUAUCGGCUUAUGGAUCCAUGAUAGCUGUUUUGAGGUUCCACAGUAUAUAUUUUAAAUUAAGUCUUUAUUGUAAUGUUUAUAUUUAUUGACUUUAUGCUAAUAUCCGAAGACUGGAAUAAUGGACUUGAAAUGUUUGCACAGAACUUUGAUGGGAUAUAAAUAUCCCAUAUAUAGGGAUUUAAAACUAUUUUCUAUAGCAAAGCGAGUUAAAGUAUUUUGAGUAUAAUUAUAAAUUUAAGUAAGACUAUCUUGAGAAAACCGGAAUUCAUAAUAGCUGUGUUUUUUUGAGUUUUCCAGGUUUUCCUUUUAUGUUGGUGUGUUUGAAUGACAAUUUCUUGAAAGUAGAUUUGGGAAGAAAAAUAAAAUUGGAAAGGGGAAAUUAUGUUUUAUUAAAAGGUAUUAAAAGAUAUUUCAAUGGCAAUAUGUUUAUUUAUUUUAAUGUGCUAGGAAGGUAGCUGUGGAACUGCCAAGGGACCAUAUGCAUUAACCUAAUUAUGCUGCAGGCCGCUUGUCGGGUUGUUCAGUAAAUUUGCCCUCCUGUUCUCCCAAAUCAUGGCAUCUCUAGGCUGUUCAACUGUUGCUGCUUUUGUUAGAAUUAAUAUCUUUCACACAGAUAGUAUUUACAACGUCAAUUUUUGUUGUGAUCAGCUGACCAAAAAUGUAUCAAAAGGGUUUAUGGCCAAAAAAUCAGUCACUCAAAUUCCUAGGGAUCCCUUUAAAAAAAUGUACAUCGCCCCAUUUUAGAGGAGCAACACAGCAAGUACUCUAGCAGAAAUUUGAAAAGAGGUGUUUACUACCGUUUGAUGCAAUCUUCCCUUACCUAUAAGGAACCAUUUGAGUGAAUUUGCCAUUCACCGGAUAUCAGCCAUUCUUGGAUUUGGUAAGAGGUGAGCAACACAAAUCUAGUACCAUACUCUAAUCUGACAGCACUUCUGCCAGAGAAUCACUAAAGUUUAGAAAGUUUUUCACAUAGUCCAGAUACUGUUACUAUGCUAAGCGAUCAGACAUGUCAGGAAGGCUCUUUUAUCUUCAUAGGGGCAAGCAGUAGUAGCUAAAGCUGUAAGUGGGUACAUGUGGUUUUUAUUUUGAAGGAGAAAGAAAACUGAUCUCGGAUAUUGCAAAUGGGGUGUUUCCCUAAAGUAAAACAUACUGAUUAGUAGGUCUUGGUUUAUUUAGAAAUUAUAUAAACUCUUGUGAAACAUUAUUAACAAGUAGGCCUUUAUCUUUAGGGGAAAAUUUUUAAAUUUUCACUUUAUUUUUAACCCCCUAGUCUGAGGGAAAUGUCUUUAUUAAAAAUGUUGACUCCUGCAAUAUGUUUAUUCGAAUCCUUUUCCUGCUCUGUUUUUUAUCCCUGAUGAAUUUGCAGAAAUAUUAAUCCAUCAGUUCAAUUUCUCUGUACCUUUGUUGAGCCUUAAUCUUGGCAGAAGGCUCAUUAAUAUAAUUAUGAAGCAUACUAUAACAUUUAAGAGAAAAAAAUCUAGGAUGCUUGCACGAAACAACAAAAUAUUUGCCUGCAGUUUUCUUUAAAAACUGCAAGAAUAUUAUGCUAGUCUGCUCCUUAGUAAAUGUUAAGUCAGAAAUGAGGUGAGGCUGUAGCUCACCUGAAUAAUCAGAGCUCACUCUCUCAGAUUUGGCUCGAUCUCUCUUUAGUACUUCUGUAAGUCAACUGUGUGCCAAAUCCUCAGAUCACUCUUUUCCUUGGUUCUUGUGAUUUCGGUGAAGAUGGUGGCAGUGUAUGAAUUCUAAAUCCCGAGGAAAAAGUCUUAUGGGCAUUGGUUAAGUUUCACAUUGGUGAAAGAGAAAAUAGAGUAUGUAGAAUUAUACAUUUGGCUGUUAAUGGGAUGCAUAUAGAAUUUCUUAAAGACAGCUUGGCUAAGGAGUUAAUCAGUACAAGUGCAGAUGAUUUUAAGGCAUUAAAGGAUUGUAUAGUAAUAUCAUUUAGAAUGUUUCUAAUAACUGAGACCCUCUAGCAUUUUUCUUUUGGAGUCUCAUUUUAAUUUGUGCAAUAUUUUCAGGCAUAUAGACUACUGUUCUUUGUAUUUAUAUAGAUGUUAGGGAACUUUACUAAGUAUUUUAACAAGUAAAAAUCUGAAUAUGAAAGAAAAUAUCAGAUUUGCACUUUAAAUGAGCUUAAUUGCUUGGAGUUGUGCCUGAAAUAUCGAAAUGCCUCCUAUUGGGUGUGGCUUUCUUUGUUGAAAUGAAUUUCUCUAUAAUUGUUGCUGUUCAAAGUACACCCUUUCACAGUUGUAUUCUAAGCAUGUCACUUUUUCCAUUAAAGCACUAAGUUCUUUGAAUGUUUCAUUGUCCCCUUAAGUAUUUUAGUCAGAUGCAUCAGAGAGAACAUGGUCCCCCUAGAGCUGUCACUUAUAAAUCUUCCUGUAGCAUGGGUGGUGUAACAGACACAGAGAUGCACUCUUCAUUUCUGAGCGGAGUUGUCAUGAUGGUUUCCUGGUCUCUAGGGCACUGAGGAUGUACUUUGGAAUCACCAUAUAGGCUUUCAGUGAAGAGCAGUAAGACUGCAGCAUAGUUUCAGUUUACUCUCAAUCUUACGUAAUAGUUUUCGUGUUUAUGAAUUAGUUGGGGUGGUUAUGUUUGCAUGCUUAUGCACACAUUUGAACAUUAAUUAUAGCUGUAAUACAGAUACCUGAUGUUUUUCCUUGGGGAUGAUGGCCUUGCUGUUUUUCUUAAUUCUGAUGCCUGAAUUAUAUUUUAAAAUUUUCUUUCCACACCUCCCUUCAAUUUUUCUGCUGCAGCAAUUUGAAAGAGUAUGUUUGGGUAAAUGAUUAUGAUGGUGAGCACCAAUCUACAGCUAUGCUGUUAAAGAUACAUCAUAUGUUUUAACUUUGUUGGGGGAAAGCUACCCACUUUCUCCUUGGUAAAGCAUCUCCAUAACAAAAUAAUACUGACCCUAAGAAUUUAAAAUCUCUUAAGUCACUGCUGACUAAAAACAGAAACACCAUGAUCUUUAAUGUCUGCAGUAUUGUUUUUCCCAUUGAUUUAAAAAACCAGUUCAGAGUAAAUACUGUAUAUUAGAAUUUGCUUGUAAAAUGAAUUAUAAAAACUGGAUGUAAAGUCUCUUUCCUGAAAAUGUUGGCAUA